AAUAAUUUCAUACCAGUUUAAGCCGACAAGUCCUUCAAAUAGGACUUCAGAUCUGAGUGUUUGCUAUUUGUCAGACACUCCUAGAGGACACUCUACUCUAUUCCUUAUCUCUCGAUUCCCGGUGUACUCUCUUUUUCUCCUCCAAUAUAUAUAUACUGUGUGUAUAUAUUUAGGGUUUAAUUCUUGUAUUGGAAACUUAUAGUCAUAAUCGAAGAUUCAAUUCAGCCGUUUAGACGAGUACUUCAAUCCACUGCUUCACUCUUUGAGAUAUAUUUAUAUAACUUUUAUAUAUUGUGUAAAAAGUCUUAACACUUAAUCAAAAAGUCGAUUAGAAAGAAGAAAUUUAUAUCUGCGAUAAAAAUAUGAAACUAAUUAUUCUUAUAAUUUGUUUAUUUUUAUCAUUCUCUACGUUAAAUACUCAAGAAAUUGCGCCUAAUGUGCCACAAAUGCCACAAAUUAAUACCGAUUGUGGACAGAAUUCGUCAUUCAAGAGGUGUCUGACCAGAUGUCCGGUGACGUGCAGUAACUACUCGAACCCUCCGAAGGGUUGUGUCAAGAAUUGUGCGAUCGGUUGUGAAUGUCACGAGGGGUUCAUCAAAGUAGAUAAGGGCCCCUACAGUCAGUGUGUCCGUCCAUUCGAGUGCGCCCUGUAUCGCAAAAAGCCGACCACUUUUGCCAAAAAUGUACUUGAACGCAAGAAUAAUGCAUAG